AUGCCGACGUCAGUAUUCAAACCAGGCAAAGUCGCUCUUAUCAGCGGUGGUGCAAGUGGUAUCGGACGUGCAAUUGCAAACCUCUGCCUCGCUAAGGGCAUGAAUGUCGCCAUUGUCGACUCCAACGUUACAGCGACAAAGGAAUUUGUCGCUUCGUCGAAAGAAAAGUAUCCAUCGGCUACCAUAGAUGGCUAUCAAGAAGAUGCUUCAAAUCCUCGCGCCUGGUCUUUGUUGAAGAAGGACUUCAUCAAACGGUUCCACAGGAUCGAUUUCCUUGUUCUUAACGCCGCCAUCCACACGAAGUCAGAUUGGAAGGACCCCACUUCCUUCGCAAAGACUAUGGAUGUAAACUACUUCGGAUACCUCAAUGGUAUUUCGACAUUCUUCGACGAAAUCACUGCCAGCACAGUAGAAGAUCCUAAAGUCGUGGUUUUGACCGGCUCGAAACAAGGUAUCACCAACCCACCUGGCAACCCAGCCUAUAACGCUUCGAAGGCUGCCAUCAAAUCCAUUGCCGAAAGUCUUCACUUCGACUUAAGAGAUAAUGCUACUACGCACGUUCAUCUUCUGGUACCUGGUUGGACCUAUACGGGAAUGACCGGCUCAGCAGGCGACAAAGGGAAGCCAAGCGGUGCCUGGACCGCAGAGCAAGUCGCUGACUACCUAGCUGAGAAAAUGGAGAAGGGAGAAUUCUAUGUGAUCUGCCCUGACAAUGAGGUGAAUGAAGUGACAGAUAAGAAGAGAAUGGCCUGGGCAGCUGGAGAUGCCAUUGAACGAAGACCUCCUUUGAGUAGGUGGAGAGAUGAUUGGAAAGAGAAAGCAGCAGCAGAGAUUCAUGGAGCGUAA